CUCGUUCCUUUUCGACGUCGCGCCUCACGCGGGCAAAUCCUCGCCGUCAACCUUAUCGACAAUUCAACCUCGGAACUCGAUUUGCUCGCCGUCCUUUUAUCGCCGCUAUUCUACGUUAAUGAAUUUUUGAUCACCCUUUUCGCCGUCUAUAACCAUCGCCGCCGUUUUUUGCUUAUAUCCGGCUUCUAUUACGCUCGUUACGAACGAAACCAUCCGCGCGCACCCAUCGAGUUAUCGUAAUAAUAUUGGAGUUUAGGAAGGGAUCUCGCCUUGAUAGGGAAGAAAGUGGAGGAAGGGGUGGAAUCCGUAUAUAGGAAAUCAAACGGAAGAGAUUAUUGAAGAAGAACCAUCAUGAUGCAAGCCCCGAAUUUGUCUCAGCGCUCGAUACAGCGCCGGUCUCCAGGACCCGACGGUGGUCCUCCGCCGACCGUUCCUACACGAUCUAUGUCGCCCGGCACGAUGCAGCCACGUUCUUCCACGGCCUCUAGUAGAUCGGCUGGGAGUAGUUCGAGGCGUAAUCAAUCCAAUGGUUCGUCUAUGCCUCUGUCGCAAAUAGAGAAAAGCGUCACGCACCUACUCGUCGCUACAAAACAGCUCCUUGAAACCCUAACGCAGUGGUCGCGCGGCCAGGCCACUGACACUCAGGUGUCAGAUGUCUAUGUCAGGUUAGGUUAUGAAUUUAACAUGGCUUGCCGCGCGUUCACUGCUAUUAAUGUCGACACAUCCGACCUAGGAAACGUACCCGAAAAUUUAAGACACAUCUUAGAAGCUACGUUAAGUCAGGAAGCCAACACAGAAAGUCUUGAAAAGUAUUUACCACGGAUACGAGACAUAAUAAUUCACCUCCUACACGGUUUAAAAAGGAAACAGCAAAAAUUACGGCAGAAGCAGACACGAGAUAAAGACGGGGCUAGUUCGCCCGAAUCAAGUGGGAUUGCUAGCCGUACUAUGAGUAGUAGCACCACUGGAAGUAAUAAUACUGGCCUUACAACCCUUUUAAAUGAAGGUCUCGAGAAUGGAUACAGCGCACCACCUCAGAAUGAAAGAAUGUCACAACAAAACGAAGGACCGUCGGGAGCCAAUCAAUCGCCUGGUCGACGGAUGCUCCCACGAGACCAGUCGAACAGCUCUUUAAACUCCGAACAAACCUCGCUAUCUAGCAAUACUAUGCAAAACAUUCCAGUACUUCCGCCUUAUCCUGGAGACGAGGCGACGAUACCUACAGGACCCUCGACGGGUAGUCUGGACAUCGAUUCUUUCCCUCCGCCACCUCCUCCCCCGCCAAAAUCGCAGCAAAGUGCCUUCGCUGCUUUACAGAGGGGAGGAGAUCUAGAACGGAGGGCAUCACGAAGAUAUUCCGCUUAUCAAAUAUCCAAGCAUCUGGGCGCUCCAACCAACGGCGUGCCGAUGUUACCUUCUCAAAAUACCCCAAUACCGAACAGAGGCCGUGGAGAAGUUAGAGAAUCGAUGCGAGCAGUCCAAGUCCGAGAAUCCCUUCGACAUAAUCGCAAUACUUCUAAUCAAUCGAAGAACGCAUACGAAUCAUCCUCGCCCGUUCGCAUACCGAGUAAGGUGAAUGAAGAAGACUCUAAACCUGAUCUACCACCUCAAUCGGAUAGUCCACCGACUCAGUCACCGGGAGAUAAGUACAGACCGAGCGCUACUAUUUCCGGCCCUCUAGACGAUGCUUUCCCAAUCGUAGGCCCUCCGGGAUCUCCCGAGAAGUCGAAACCAAGAUUGGACACGGCUGUGGAAUCCAAACCGCGACCUCAAACCCCUCCCGAAAAGCAACAAAAGCCGCCUAUGCAAGAUCAAUCGCCUCCUUUGGACAAAGAACUCACUCUAUUUUUGCAAUACAAAUCAAAGGUCAAGAAAUUUGUUCUCCCUGAGGGUUACACCGACUUGACAAUUGGACGUCUACAACUGGCGUUCAUCGAGAAGUUUUCAUGGAAUACCGCUUUGAAUGGAAGUGAUUUGCCAGAGAUAUAUAUCCAAGAUCCUAUAUCAGGCGUACGACACGAACUCGAGGACCUUUCUGAUAUCAAGGAUCGCACAGUGCUUGCUCUGAACGUCGAGCCUCUUGAUGAGGUCAAGAGACAUUUUGACGAUGGCCUCGGGGCUUUGAAGAAGACGAUAGAUGAAAUGAAGCAGAAUGUCACUGAUCAAGGAUCGGCUUUACAAAGAGUUUCGGAUAGACAACUAGAAACGGCAAAGGAGAUGGCUCGUAUGGCUGUUGCCCCUCCAACUAUCAUUGAUAGUCCUAAGAGUGGCGCAGUCGGUACCGGAGCGAAGCGCCAUGUUAAUCAACUUAGCGAGUUACAGUCCCUACGCCGUGAUCUCGCUGUUUUACGGCAGACGUAUUCUAAUUUCCAGACCGAGGUUCAGAAUUCCAUGUCCUCUAUUAGAAGCAAGGCAGCGAACGUUAAGGUCGUCAGCGCUAAAGCAUCGACACCCGACAAAGAAGGUGGCACUUCUUACGUCUCAAAAGGUCGCAAGCAGCUUAAUGCGGAUUCUGACCGCCUCGUUACCAAGGUUGACGACCUGCAAGACCUGGUUGAAGACUUGCGCAAGGAUGUCGUCAACCGCGGCGUGAGACCCUUGCCGCGUCAACUCGAGGGCGUAUCCAAGGAUAUUCAAGUCUUAACCAAGGAGCUUAAGAAGGUGCAGGGAUACUUGAAGCGAGAGAAGCCCGUCUGGACCAAGAUCUGGCAAUCGGAACUGGAGGAAGUCUGCCAAGGCCGAGACGAACUCAAGGUCAUGGAGGACCUUAUGGUGGAUCUCCAAGACGAUAUCGAGAAGGCCUCAGAGACUUUUGCACUGGUUGAACAAGCUACUAAGGAGCAGAUGAAGGAAACAACACCCGCUUCAAGAUCACUAUCGAAGGGUUUGCAUAACCUCGGAAAUAGCGCCGAUCCGUCCGCCGCGAAGGAGGGCGUACUAGGCGAAGUCAGAGCCCUGCAGCCCAACCACGAAGACCGAUUAGAAGCCAUCGAGCGCGCGGAGAAGUUGCGACAAAAGGAGCUGGAAAGCAGACGAGAGAACCCACUUAAGAAGGAACUAACGAACUUCGUCGAAGAAGGAAAGCUCAAAAAGAGUGGUGGAUUCGAGGAAGUGGAGAGGGCCCGAAAGGCCAAGGAUGACCGAAUACGGCGGGAGGUUUGGGAACGUAUGAACGGUAUAAUACCAGAUGACCCAAUUGGAGAGGAGGGAUCCAGUCUGGAAACAGAGACGGGGCUGGAGACAGAAACAGAAGAAAGCCUCGAGGUGACGGAUCACGGUGAUGAUAUAUAAGGCUAUAGGACCUUUGAUUCAUGAUAUACUUCCUUAAUCGCCGUUUCCCUCCCUUCCCCGGCUUUAAGGCCGUUUUGGCGUUAUUUACUCUAAUCCUGGCGCUUGUUUUUCGAUUGUGCGAAACUUGUUGGCCCUUCGGCGUUAUGGAAGGGCGUGAGAUGAUUGGCAUCACGAUGGUUAUGUUAUCGGCCGUUAAUUGGGCCAGUAUGUAUUGUGUGAAUUCGGAUAUAGGUCUUAGUGAUAAAUGUAGUGAACUCGUCAUAACAACUGAUAUAUAUACCUACCUAGUCUUCGUCCUUUGUGUAAUCUCGUGAGUAGAAACAAACCCGCGAGUAUG